GCAGUAAGUGACCGUGGUUUGGACCAGUCGGAGCCGUUCACCAGAGUCCAAAGAAGAAGGAGGAGCGCUGUCAUGGCGGCCAAGGUGGUGAUGGUGGCCGUCCCGACGGUGCUAGGAAUAGCCUCCAUCCGUGUGUACACUGUGAGCGAAGCCCCCGCUGAUGGGCUGGUUACUCAAGAAAAGCUGAAUAUCUACACCCCACUGCCACGGUCUGCUCAGGCACAGUUUGUUCCAGAGAGGCCGGGUGCCAUUGAGAGUGGGUUAACCACAGCUAGAGAGACCAUACUACCAUUUGCCCAGGCUGUAAAGGGUGCCUGUGUGUCUGUGAAAAAUGGAACUGUUAAUCUGUACCAUGCAGGACAGGAUGUAUACUAUUACCUGAAAGACCCUCCCCCAGGCUUUCUACCCAGGUUUGGCACCAUCACCAUGGCUGGCCUGCUUGGCAUGUUCUUGGCACGGAAAGGCUCUCGUUUUAAGAGAGUAGCCAUUCCACUGGGCCUGAUGAGUGCAGGAGCUUCAGUGUGCUACCCGGCUCAAGCAGUGGCUGUGUUUAAGGUGACAGGUAAGAAGGUAUACUCUGCAGGGCAGUGGAGCAGUGCUGCUGCGUCUUCGCUGUUCACCUCCAAGCCACAGGAACCUGUUGCCAAAGACAUCGCUGCUUCACAACCACAGUCAGCCGCAGUGUCAGAUCAAGAGCCUGUAGUGAUUGAGGCCUCAGAACCCAGCUCCACCACAGACAGCUCAUCCCAAAGUGCUACAAUCCCAGAAACAGAGGUGGAAUCAGCUGAGUCUGUUCCUGUCUCUGAUGAGACCAUCGCUGCUGUCAUAACAAAGGAGGCGUCAUCAGUAACACUCACAGACCAGGCCCCUACAGAGUCCAACACAGAUCCCGUGGUACAUUCAGUGCCAGCGGAGACAGAAACUGUUCCUCCCUCUGUGGAGCUACCUGCCCCUGUUGAGAGUGAGGAGCUCUCAGACACAAAAGAAGCACCUGUGGACAUCUCAAAUGAAUCCAGCCCAGCAGAGUCCACAGCGAGCUUAGAACCAGAGUCCACUUCUUCCUCUGAAGAACCAACUGCUCCAAAGGCCUCAGACGAGCCAGCAGUGCCAGUUGUUGAAUCAGCUGAGCCCGAACCCACUGCUCAGCCAGAGUCAGCUGACCGGCCACCGGUUGCUGCUGUGGAGGAGACCCCAACCCCAACACUCACACCACCACCUCCUGAACAGCCUGCAGCAGAAAAUAACAAAGGGGGGUCUGGUUUCAAGCCAGACCCUUCUCUGAUGGACUUUGGCCAGUCCAGCCCAGAGGAUGAAGACCUGUACAGCACGCGGAGCUGAGAGACCAGUUGGCCACAGGAGAAACCUCAUUCCCACACUGCCAUCUCAUAUGUCAUCCAGACUGAUAAACACUCUAUAUCAUUAUGCUGUGUAAAUUGCCAUUUUGAAAGCAAGUAUAGUUAUGAAGUCUUUUAUGAAGAUUUCCAUUCUCUUUUUUUUAUAUUUCCACAGAAAACAGCCAAGUACAUUUGCAUUGUAGCAGCAAGCAGUGGCAGUCGGUUUCUGUGGAAGGACUGAAACACAGAAAAAAAUACACCCACAACUGUUUACAAGUCUUUUAAUUCACAGAUGGCAGAUUGCGAAUAUUUCUCUCUGUUUGUCAUUUAGCAAUUACAGUUUUUUGUGCUACGUCUCUUACAGUCAUGAGUGCAUUGUGCUUUUAUUUAUUGUAAUUUAGCCGCACGUGCUGGUAAUGAGUACAAGAUGGACUAGUGCUGCUCCAUUUUGUUACAUAAAAAAUUGUCUUCACUUAUUGAGUUUAAGAACUCAAAAUAAAUCUAUAUUUUUCAGGAAUUUA